UCUAACGGUACUCUCUUGUUGUACUAGCUUGGAAUACUGCGCGACAUAAGGAUCUACAAAACCAUCUUUAUUUUUACGCAAUGGAUUAACAUAUCUGGAUAUUACCAUCUAUAAAUUCCGCCAAGUAGCCUGCAUUAUCUGAUUAUCUACUUCAAAGAGAACUUUUUCAACUUAUUGGACACAUUUUUGCGCACAUUGUACACCAUGGCAAAUACUUGUUUGCAGUUCACGGGUUUUGCAAUGAGCUUUCUUGGUUGGAUCGGCCUCAUCAUCGCCACUGCCACUAAUGAAUGGGUAGUCACUUGUAAAUACAACAUGAACACCUGUAAGAAGAUGGAUGAACUGGAGGCCAAAGGUUUAUGGGCAGACUGUGUGAUCUCAACUGCGCUGUAUCACUGCAUCACACUCACGCAGAUUCUCGAGCUACCAGCGUACAUCCAGACGUCUCGAGCGCUAAUGGUCACAGCAUCGAUCCUCGGAUUGCCUGCUGUCGUGCUCGUGCUCAUGUCCAUGUCCUGUAUUAACCUCGGAAGUGAACCAGAAAGCGCUAAGAACAAGCGAUCAGUGCUCGGAGGAACCAUAAUACUGCUGACUGCUUCUUGCGGCAUCAUCUCCACAGUGUGGUUUCCCAUCGGGGCCCAUCACGAGAGGGGCUUGAUGUCCUUUGGCUUCUCCCUGUAUUCGGGUUGGGUGGGCACUGCACUUUGUUUGCUGGGAGGCUGUAUGAUCACCUGCUGUUCAGGGGACACCCCUGCUACAUACACUGACAACAAUCGGUUCUACUACUCCAAACAGGGCCCCGUUCAUUCUGGCCCCGCCUCCACUAACCACGCCAAAAGUGCUCAUGUGUGAGCUUCGGGAUUACUGCUCAGAUCUGAUUUCUACUCUAUUUUUACUCUCUCUUUCUCUCUUUCUUUCCACUUGUUUCAACAAUGUUUCUAUCUACAGUGGUGACUCUUUGGAUAGUUAUCUAGCAGCUGAACUCUGACCUUUUGACACGGCAGCGGGGUUUGUCACCCAGAUGUUACAUAUACUGUAGGACAGUCGCUGGUGACCUCCGAUGAAGGAUUCAGUGUUUAAAAGGGCUUCUACUGAUUCUUCUCAGUACAAUGUGCCAUUUCAAGGCCUAUUUUUGUAGUGAGAAAUGAAUUUGUGCAUUUUUAUAUGAAUACUAACAGUAUUGCCAUUGUUGUUUUUAUUCUAAAUCUUUCAGUUAAUUUCAGUCUGUUUGUGCAGCUGUAUUUUCAUUUUGUUUAAUUUCAGUCCAUUUCAUAGCCACCCAAACAAAACUACACAGUAAUUACUUAGUAAUAUUAUUUAUUGUAAUACUUUAUAUGAAGUUUUUUUUGUUUUGUUAUGUUUGUUGUAAUAAACAAUGUUGUCCAUGUGAAAUAGUUUUUAUAUUAUAGGCAAUAUGUCAUUUUUUUAUAUAAAAAACCCUCUGUCCUCUCUGCAAACUGAAGUGAACUUCUCUCAGCAGGACUGUAUACUGAUGAGAACGUGGUGUUUGCUGUCAGAUGGCCAGGCAGGUGUAGUGCAUCAUCAUUAAACCUCUUAAUCAUUCUCACUUAAAGCACUUGAGACACACAUACAAUUUAGGCAUCUGAGACAUCUAUGUGUAUCGAUUUCUUUUACUCCAGUGAGAAAUUUGUCCCAUUACGACCAAUGGGAAUCUCAAUGGCUGGCAGACAGCACUGAUUAAGGUUAACGGUCACAUUCAGCCAUAAAGGCAGAUUUAUGCUCCGGGUGCGACGAGGCUCCGUCUUUGUUCUCUAGCCGGGAUCCAUGCGCUGAAUGCUUCUUGUUUCACAUGGAGUUUCAGUGGACAUAGAGUCAAAAAUAGCUGAAUACUGAGGAUAUAAACAACAUGUGAAUGUUUCUGUACAUCGUGUGAAAAAGAAAACAUUAAUUUUAACCCCUACAGUAUGAUUUAUCCUGUGUAGCGUGAUGUUUAGAUCUCAUUGUGCAAUGAUAUUGCUUUUUUGUAGAUCUUAUACCUUCAGUCUUUGGUUAGAGGUAGUUUGGGGUGAAGUAAAUUCGAUGAACAAUUGCAUUGGAAUCUACAGUAUUUUUCUUUUCCAGAUAUGGCUGCAAAUAACAGCAUACAAGCAGGAGAGAUAGUCAAAGCUGAGGUUGACCUGAACUAGAAGGAAUCAGGAAGAUGAAAAGUUUUUGUUAAUACAGCCUUCAUUCCUGUAUGUUCAUAGCUUGUAGCACUUUUCUUUAAAGGGUCAUGAAACACAAACACACAUUGUUGAGAUGUUAACAAAUAUUGUAUGUUGGAGAUAAUACCUGUAUAAAGGAUAUUUUUUCUGAAGGGUAAACUUGAUCGUUUAGGAAUUUUUGGUCCAUUUUAGUUUUCUGGUGUCAUGAACAAAUUAGUCCAUUGGCAUGAAAAGUCAUUUUAAUGUAAGCUUACAUGUCUUAAUUAUUAUUUUAAUUAUGUUAAUAUGACUCUAAUUACAUUAAAAAAAAAUUGAGUUUAAAAAACAUAUAGUUAUUCCUCGUUCUUUAACUGCUCAGCAUACUAGAUUAGCAUACCACUAGCCUGUUAGCUUGCUAGCUUAUUAAAUCUAUCAUCUUUAAUCGUUUAAGAUCAUGCAAAUAAUUAAAUGCAAAACAAUACAAUUUUAUAUGUUUCAUAGAUUUAAUUUAAAAUAUAUUUAAUAAAAUCACCUGCUUUACCAUACAACAGGCUAGUGCUAAUGUGCUAACUGAUAACAUGUGAGGUACAAUUACAAAAGACUGUUUCCAAGUGUGAAACCAGGGGGAACCCCGACUAUUCAUGGCACCAAUAUUUGAAAUCAAUAUUGAGUCAGAAUCAACAGGAUGUAACAUUAUUGUUAACUAAAGUAUGUCAAGUGUCUCUUUAACACACUUCUAACAAACUUUCUAAAUUUAUGAGAACUAAUUCAUGGUGGGUUUCAUGACCCUUUAAUGUUCUUUGCAUAAUUUGAGAAAGGAUAUAUCUGCAUUUGUACAAACAUGAGACAACUCCAAUAGUCAAAGUGCUGCAGGGGUCAAUUUCUUACAAGAUAAUAAUCAUAUUCUAAUUUGGAAAUACAGCAACAGUGACUUACUAAUUUUAGCUCGACUGAGUUUCCCUUGGAAAACUGAUAGUACUGAGCUUAAAAUUUUCCAAAUUAUGUACUGAUACAUAAUACUGAUUAAAAUCUCACAGUAUGAGACUAACCUGGAGCUGACCAGAAAAAUAUGCAGUUCCCAGAAUGUUCUGAAAACACCAAAAGGUUCUUACAGGAAAUGACUGAUACUUUGAGCAGUGAGACAAUAUUACCUUUUGCAUAAGGAUUUUUGAUAAGGAUCUUCAACGCAAGUAUUAGGAUAUAUUAGUAUAAAAGCAACUAAUAUGUUUGCAUAAGCAUAAAGGUGCAUAUUUACAUGAUUUAACCAUCUACCCCACACUAUCAAAGCAUUUAACAUCUUCCUCAAAUCCAGGAUUAGCACCAGGAUAUUUUGCAUCAGAAAAAGGGGAGCCCCCCCCCCCC